GGAGCUCCAGAGUCUGCUGACUAUUUGGAUUGGCUGUUGUUUUUUUUUUCCUUUCUUUCACGGAGGCGUUGACAAUGAAUCACGGAAGGGAAGAAGAAAAGAUGGCUGCCGCAAAGAAAGACUCUUGAUCUGCUCGUACAGGGAAUAAUAGCCUAGUUGUUACAAUUGUUUUCCUCCACAGGUAGCAUGCUAGCCACUAGCUACAUUAAGGAAACACUGGCAGGUAGUGCUAGUACUCUCCAUUGCCUUGGGCCCUUCUGAAAAAAGUGGAGUUCACUAUAUUCAACCAUGUCAUACAAUACUGGCCAGGAAUCGUCUCAGCUUGCCCAGAUCAUAUCGGGCAAUAUCCAGAAAAUCACACAAAGCUCUUCUGAAAUACAAAGGAUAGUAGUACAUCAACUUGGAACUGCACAAGACACAGCAGAACUUAGAAAUCAUCUCCAGGAGAAGAUACAAUACACACAUAAAAUUGCCAAAGAUACAGAGAGAUGCCUCAAAGAUUAUGCUUCCCUGCCUUCAGAAAGCGAUCAGCGACAGAGAAAACUGCAGAAAGAUCGACUUGUAAAUGAGUUUAGCUCAGCGCUUGGCAAUUUUCAGAAGGUCCAAAGACAAGCUGCAGAAAAAGAAAAAGAGUUUGUAGCCAGAGUCCGUGCAGGAUCAAGAGUUUCUGGAGGUUUUCCUGAUGAUAAUCAGAAGGAAGGGUCACUGCUUACUUGGGAAAAUGAGGCGCAACCACAGGCAACAUUGCAAGAAGAAGCAAUCACAGAGGAUGAUCUUUAUCUAAUAGAAGAAAGAGAAACGGCCAUACGACAGCUUGAGGAGGAUAUUCAGGGCAUAAAUGAAAUCUUCAAAGACUUGGGCAUGAUGGUUCAUGAGCAGGGUGAAAUGAUUGACAGUAUAGAAGCCAAUGUGGAAAAUGCAGAAGUCCAUGUUCAGCAAGCAAACCAGCAACUGGCCACGGCUGCAGAAUAUCAGAGAAAAUCCAGGAGGAAGAUCUGCAUUAUUAUUGCAGUACUAGUUGUAGCUGCAACAGUCAUUGGCCUGAUUAUCUGGGGAACUGUUAAAUAAGACUAAUGGUAUCUUAACAUUUUCCGAAAUAAUUUUAAUGUUAUCUCCUUGCUUCUUUACUACACAAGAAGUGCAUAUAACUAUAAUGAUGAAGGAAAAUAUCUGAAUAUCUUUUGCAUUGAUCUGGCAGUGCUUGUGUUUUUUGGCUAAGAUUUAUAAUGGUUGAGGGGUGCUGCUUCUUGUUGCACAAAACAGAUUGUUGGGUGGGUUUAGUUCUGACAAGGUGUGACCUGAAAAAGUUACUGAGCCCUUUAUUUUACUAUUUGGGUGAAAAUUUGGCUGCGGGAUAUAACCCUUAGCACCCAGUCAGAUGUUUCAUUACUCUGAUUGCACUAGAUGGAUUAACAUAUGUUGAUAACUGGUUGCUAGGGGUUAAUAUACUAAUGCAUUUUGGCAGCUUUGUUCAUAAUUGAGUGCCAUAAUAACCUUAAAUGCCAUUUGCGUUGCAAACUACAGACCUUUAAAGCACUGUUUCUCAGCAUAAACCUCCAAGACGUUGAAAAAUAUAUGAUCUUUCUCUCAUCAUUUUCUAUCAUUAUGGCAGUCCAUAUCUUCCCUUACAUGCACUAUUAUUUUUUAUCGGUAAAAGAGGCAAACCUUAAAUAAGUAAGCUUAUUUUCUAACCAGCCUUUGUUAGCAUUUUGAAUACAUUCCAGUAAUGCAAUUUAAGCCCAAAUUCCUAACAUUACAGAUUAGAAAUGCCUUGUAUUGUUUUACUUUCAGAAUUACAUACAGGUAUGGGAUCUGUUAUUUGGGAAACCUUUAUCCAGAAAGCUCAAUUAUGAAAAUGCUGUCUCCCAUAGGCUACUUUUUUAAAAACGAUUUCCUUUUUCUCUUCCAAACUAAGAUAUAAUUAAUCCUAAUAUGAGGCAAAACAAGCCUAUUGGGUUGAUUUAAUAUUUAAAUCAAUUUUUUUAGUAGACUUAAGGUAUGCAGAUCCACAAUACAGAGAGAGCCGUUAUCCACAAAACCCAGGUCCCGAGCAUUCUGUAUAACAGGUCCCAUACCUGUACUGUACAUUGAUUUCUGAGAGAUGCCUCACUGAGGAGUUAGUGUUUAUUACUAUCAAUGGCAUUAUUUCUGAUCAUUAAGCCACUAUAAACUUUUAUAAGAGUGUGUGGAUAUUGCCAGAUCACUGCAAUCAUGGCCACUGAAAACAGACACAAAUGUACUGAUAAAUAAAUCUCCCUGUGCCAAUUUAUUUGGACGUUUUCAGUUAUGGGAAGCGUAAAUCCUGCUAAUAAAUACAAGGUAUAUUGCCUCGAUCCUGUGCUGUAAGGAAGCAAAAAUGUGCAAUAUGCAAGCCCAUAAAUAAACGUUUAUGCUAACUUCAUUAAGAUUAUUAAAUAUGAUGGGUUGCUAUGAGUUACUGCAUUGUUGAAGUUAUGCACAUAUUUUAGUGCAUGAGUGCCACAGUUUAUUUUGCCAUUUAAAUUAACAAUAAACCGCAACGGUAUAAAGUAACUCUUCAUCUGUUUGAGUAUCAUCUUGUAUGGGGAAGGCUUUUGUCUCUGAGCAGAAGGCAAGAAAAUAUAAUAUACUGUUUAUUAAAUGUACAAUGUGUUGAAUAUAUUAAAUGUUGAUCCAUCAGACCAAGGGGUAGCACUAUUACAGACUGUACAAUCCAAUACAAAUGGCACCAUUAAACUAUAACCAAGAUGCUUA